GCCCACGCAGCUCGGGACGCGGGAGGCCCGGGCUGCCGAGUCCCUCCCGCCGCGAGGCGCCGAGGGCUGGGCCGAGCCGGGCGGCCGCGUGGGUGGCCGUGGCGGGCGGCUGUGUGCUGGGGUCGCAGGUGCAUCUCGGGCGGACAUGCUGCUGCUCAAGAAACAGACGGAGGACAUCAGCAGCGUCUAUGAGAUCCGGGAGAAGCUCGGCUCGGGCGCUUUCUCUGAGGUGGUGCUGGCCCAGGAGCGGGGCUCCUCACACCUUGUCGCCCUCAAGUGCAUCCCCAAGAAGGCCCUUCGAGGCAAGGAGGCCCUGGUGGAGAACGAGAUCGCGGUGCUCCGCAGGGUCAGCCACCCCAACAUCGUGGCUCUGGAGGACGUCCACGAGAGCCCUUCCCACCUCUAUCUGGCCAUGGAGCUGGUGACGGGGGGCGAGCUGUUCGAUCGCAUCAUGGAGCGCGGCUCCUACACGGAGAAGGACGCCAGCCACCUGGUGGGCCAGGUCCUUGGUGCCGUCUCCUACCUGCACAGCCUGGGCAUCGUGCACCGAGACCUCAAGCCUGAAAACCUCCUCUAUGCCACGCCCUUCGAGGACUCCAAGAUCAUGGUCUCUGACUUUGGCCUCUCCAAAAUCCAGGCUGGCAACAUGCUAGGCACCGCCUGUGGGACCCCGGGCUAUGUGGCCCCGGAGCUCUUGGAGCAGAAACCCUACGGGAAGGCCGUAGAUGUGUGGGCCCUGGGUGUCAUCUCCUACAUCCUGCUGUGUGGGUACCCCCCCUUCUACGAUGAGAGCGACCCCGAACUCUUCAGCCAGAUCCUGAGGGCCAGCUACGAGUUUGACUCUCCCUUUUGGGAUGACAUCUCAGAAUCAGCCAAAGACUUCAUCCGGCACCUUCUGGAGCGAGAUCCCCAGAAAAGGUUCACCUGCCAGCAGGCCUUACAGCAUCUUUGGAUCUCCGGGGAUACAGCCUUUGACAAGGACAUCCUGGGCUCAGUCAGUGAGCAGAUCCAGAAGAAUUUUGCCCGGACCCACUGGAAGGCUGAGCGCACGGACCCCCAGAUUCCCUUCCAAUGGACCCUUUCAGUCCCCCCCACCUCCCCCUCCCACCCCGGGGCACCUCUGCGGGAGAGCUUGAGCCCUGUGGGUGUGGUGUGGGGCGCUGGGGUGGGCGCUGGUGGGGCGCGUCCACAGACUUCCCUCCCCUGUCGCUGCCACACCCCCUCUAGAAACCAAGAGGCCCGGGGGCUGUCCUUCCAAUGCCGUUCUGUGCUUUGCUGACUGUGGGUGGUCCUGCUUGUGUCGUGGCCCUCCAGCCUCCCUCCGGUCUUCCCCAAAUCAAUAAAGACAGA